UUUUGAUCCAGUCGACAUAGGGAUAGCAAUCAUGCCAGUCACACACACACACUGGCUAGCCAUUAUCUAAGACCGAAAUUAAGCAGACAUAUUUUCUAUUCGGAAGUACCAAAAAAAAAAAAAAAACAAGAAACAUGUCAUCUAGAUUCAAGUCGAGAAUUCCGGAACGCGUUAGAAACUCGCUAACGGUACUGGAUGGUCCAAACUCGCGAAUUUCCCGCAUCCGUGAUGCCGCGCUACCAAGUCGCAGUUCGCUGAGCCGCUCCCAUAUGCCGCUGCCGAUCAGCAACACGCUGAGCGGUCUGGUGAAGCCAGUGUCGCCGAAAGCUGUAUUCAAGAAAACGCUAACGGAAGAGGACGCGGUGAUCCGCUCACUGGUGCGACGCUCAAAACCGCUGGCAGUACGUGGCAAUCGUACAUCCUUUCGUCGCAUUCAGUUGGCUCACGCUGCUCCGAUUGGCGAUUCUCCCGUGCUAUUGAAAGCCAACGAUAGCUUUUGCAGCGCCGAUUUCCGGCUGCAAAAACCAAUAAAAGAGGCAAUUCCGGCUGACCCAGAGAAGGAUCCUGCCGCUAGCAGGACAGCAAAGAGCCUGCUGGAUCUGGUGGCCGGACGAAGGCAACCGGGUAUGGAACAAAUGCGUUUCCUUUGCAGCGAUCAUCGGCUGAUCAAUGUGCCCACUCCCCUGAUGUAUCGCCAUUCGCGGAUAAUGAGCCAUUUGGAAAUGGAGGUGCAGCCCAUUCCGCUGCGAUCCAUUCGAUCGGUGACGCUGCUACGCGUGAUCAUGUGGAUGCACAAGAAGACUCUAUGCGCAAACGGAAAUGAGAAAGUCGCCGAGGCGACACCUACAGUUGAGACGUUCAUUAGCGACAUCCGCGAAGGAAACGGAAACGCGAGUAGCGAGACCAGCUGUCAAAUCAGUGAGAUUACUCAAGGUAAUGCUCAACGUACGGUAAAUUUAACAAGUCAGAUUCUCGGCGAAAAAAUCGAAAAUGAUUGCUCAGAAAUACUGAAGAAUAUAGAAUUAUAUAAUGAUAAUACACCGAUUAGAGGUGAAGAUACCGAGAACAGUUGUGAAAGCAAUAGUGAAGGUGUUGAUGAAGAGGCAGAUGUUACUAGCAUUCAAGCAAGCGACUCCAAGGAAUGUUUUGAAAAUAACAUGCAAAAUCCAGAAAAUGUUAUGAAAUGUAAUGUUAACAAACAAAACGAAAAUCAAAAAAACGAUAGCUGCACAAUUAUAAAUGAAACUAAUGGACAGCUAGUCGUAUAUAAUCCAAACAUUCAAUUAAUUUCAAAAAACAAAAGCACAAACAAAAGUAGUACAGAUUGCACGAAAGAUACAAUUAAUGAAUUCACAAAAGUAAAUGGUAACCGUCAAGUUGGUUUUGUAAUUGCAAAAAAAAUUACCGACAUUGACAAAGACAAUAUCACAGAGAUAAAAACUGGCGAAGAUGAACUCAUUAUCGAACGUGGAAUCUGUUGCUCAAGAAGUGAGGAUAAUAUCGUAAUUCAUGCCAAUGUGAUGCAAAAUUUUUGUAAACGAUGUGGGAUUAUCAGGUGCGCAGGUGACAAUGCCAACGAUGAUCAAUGCGUUGCUGACUUGAAUGAAAUGAAGCGUUCCUCAUAUCUUCUGUGCUCCUGGGAGGAGCGAUUGUUGGGCAACGAACUGUACCAGCUGGUGGAGAUUAUCCUGGCGUCUCAUUACUUGGGCAUCGAGUCGCUGACAAUGAACGCCAUUCAUCAUUUCUGUGAGCUAAUGGCUCAAAGGACUCGCUCGGAAUGCUGCCUGAUGCUGAGGAUCAAGACACGAUUGGCGGGUGAUAACCACUGUCCGUUGAUCAGGGAGUCACUGUCGCUGGGAUGUCACCGAAAUAAUCAAGCAGAUGGGUCCGAAAGUGAGGAGGAGCAAUUCGAACCCAAUAGCCGCAUAGCCAGGAUCUUCAGGAAGCACCGACCGAACGGACGGGCAGCUAUUGGAGGUGGAAUGGGUGAUGGACUUUAUGAAAAUAAGCCUCGCAGUCGCAACCAUUAGGACGGUUUCCAAUCAAGAACAUGAACUCAUAACUUUUGGAUUGUAUACGCAAUAUACUUUUGUACUUUUAUUGUUUCUAUUUUCUCAUUUCUUAAUUUAGUGUGUGUUUUUUUUUAAUGGUUGGUGCUUAUGGUUUUAGCUUAUUCACCCAUGCUCGUCCCAUUUAUUUUCUACCAUCAUUUUGAUGAUUUAUUUAAUUGCGAAAUAACUGCGAGGCCGUGGGUUGCAAAAUGCUUAGAAGACACACGUCAGAGUCGAUUAAUCCGCUGGCAAGGGGGCAAACUCAACUUUUUGCUCGAUCAAAGCCGCAAUAACGAAAAACAUUCUGAUUAAAUAUUGCACUGAAAUAUAUGCACUUAGCUCAUUGCUAGCAUUUAGAUGUUGAUUUGCAUAAAAACCUGCAAUAUAUAUUUUUUUAAUAUUUUUAAAUAGCAGCAGAAAAUAUCUGUAAGAGUCAGUUAUCAUUUUUUUUCUAUGCUUAAUUUUUUUUUACAAAUCAUGUUAGAAGAACUUCAGCUCUAAUGCAUUAAGUUUUAGGAGAAACUAGCAUAAAUACACACAAAAUAUUGCUUCAAUUUGCGAUUUGUUCUCAGUGCACCUGUGGCAUAAUUAGCUCGCCAAGAAAUGGUUGGGCUCCGAAUCGAGUGGGUGGUGAAUGAUGUGGACUAUCUCUACAGGCGAUGUGCGGCAAUUAAGCGAUAAAAUAUGCAACAAGCCAAUUAUGCGCACAUUAAAUGGCCACGACCAGCGCUUUUCCACCGUUUUCCCCCACAUCAAUGGGUCGAAGUUCAGGUAGCGCCGCAUUUGUUUCUACCAACAACACGUUCGCCUCACCCAAAUUUCACCACAAUUUCUACAGUUUUUCCGGUUGCUACCUCUCCUUAUGGCCAAAAAGUUUAUGGUACAACUUGUUUGGCUUGCUGAAAAGGUCAUGCCGCAUUAAUUUUAGAUGGCAUUGCCGCGAGUUUUCAAGUUUUUAGCGACUUUGCACAUAAGCCGUUAAGCAGAAGAUGCCAUGAGGACAUACAAAAAAAAAAAAAAAAAAACCACAAAACAGGACACUGGCCAAUGUGCCUGGCACCUCGAAGGAGAUCCUUGCGCGUCUAACGUUUUUCGGAAAAGUAGGCGGGGAAACCCAAGUUUUCUCUCACUGCCAAUCGUACUGAGUACGCGUAUGGCCUUCUGCUGUUUAUGCCAACUUAUCUGCAGUUUUCUUUGAAAUUGCAUUCUUACCUUGCGGGUUAAUUUAUAAUGGCAAACUUUACCCUUUUGGUUGGAUAACUUCAAGUUUUGUUUUCAAAUUCGGAAUGCAAUUGAAGUAUAGUCUUAUUCGGCUUUUUGGGCGAUUUUACAUGUCUGUUGUGUAUUGUUAUGAAUCUUUUGGCAUAUUUCUAGAGUCAAGGAAAAAAAGCAAUAUAUUUCAUAAUCAAGGAAGCAACACAUUAUGCACAAGAUCUUUUCUUCAAAAACUGAAUAUAAAUAGUGACCAUCUUUGAUGUAUAAUAAUUGUGUACAUAUAUGUGAGUAGUUUACUUAUAUAGCAAUUGUGUGUCUAUUUUUUUCACUGCUAAUUGGUAAUGGAAAAUUCCCUCACCAAAAAUAACUUCUUUAUAUAGAUAAACGUUCGCUGGUGAAGCCCCAGUAAAAUCCGACUUGGGCGAAGUUCAAGGACCCGAUCCGACUGUUUUAAUACGUAACUAAAAUUAUGGAGAACAAUAUAAAAGACGUCGGGCAAUGCGACAAAGGGAAAUUUAAUAGACCUAACGACGCCAUCAUAAUGAAGCUAUGGCAAACACACGCCUGUACACACACACACACACGCACACACAUAUUUAUGUAUCGGUGUGUGUGUGUGAGCGGCCAUUUUUAUUUCUGUAACACGCAUACGCCCCGUGGUCUGAAAUGUUGUUUUUUGUUGUUUUAGUGGCGUCGUCGUCUCCUUUUGUUAUUGUUGCCAAAUCGCGUGAGCACCUUAAAUGCCUGAAUUUAUUCGUGACCCGCAGCAAAAGUAAAGAAUGAACUUCGAUUACUUUUCGUGGCAACAGGUUGAUUUGAACCGCCAACAGUCCGUUCGUUUUCAUUUCUAUAUCAUUUGCUUCGUUUUUGGCCAUUGCCGUUGCUAAUGAAAAUCCACACGAAACUUGUAGACAAGUUUUUAUAUACUCAUUACGCUCGUAAAAUGUGAGGCAUAUGCCUUUCUGUGGAGAACUUAAAAGACUUUUACAUCAUCUUGGGAUCAUUUGAUUUAAAUAAAAUUUGUAAAAAAACGCACUUCAGAAAGUGAAAAAGUGUUUUAAAUCAUUUGAUUGCAAAGCUAUAGAUGCCUUUUAUUAAAGCGUUCAUACUAAUGAUUUCGAUUUCGCUUACUCCUGCACUUUUCCUAGUCCUUGUAUUACUUCAUCGCUUUGUGCCAUUUUCUGCAAUUUAACAGUUGAUAUUUCUCGUUAGCGGUAAUGUAUAGCAAGUCGGUGCUAUAACUACCCCCGAUAACCCCCGGCUUAUUCCCGCCACCAAAUGCCCUUAAGCCGCAACUUUGAUAAAGGAGAAACUUUUGUCUACCGCAAGCAAAAUGAAAAUCGUCCAUUGAACUGUGGGCUUGGCCCAAGUCACCACCAUCCAACAACCCAUCCACCCACUCUGUCAUUUAAUCCAUUUCAAAGUUUUCUGCUCGGUUCCGCGCUCGCCACAUUCAACAAUGUUCCGUCUGUCAGCGCAGCGAGUUCGCUUGAUUCAUCAGAAGACAUGGCCUCGCCUCGGAAAUCGUGUUGGCUCCUCUGGGAGAACGGCUGUGCAAGUAGUGGGGUGGAAAAUGGGGUGGAGGGGGUCGGUGGCGAUGCCUUGCCGCAUAUCAAACACCAAAUCUAGUGGAUUCCCAUUAGGAAUCGGCGGAUUAUCCAUUUUAAUUGAUUAAACACAAUGGCGAGAUUUGGCAAGGGAAAUGCGUGGUUCAAAUUUUAAACUGUGACCGCAACGAGUCCAAAUCCCUCGACAAUUUUCAUUUCAUUGAAGGCUAAAUUCUUUGCUAAUCUUUUUACUAAUCGCAAAUGCGUGUAGGCAGUGUUGUGCAUUAUUUAUACUUAAUGUUUCAUUUGAUUUAAAAAUGUGCAAAUGUAAGCGUGUAAAAUAGAUUUAUUUCAUUUACUCACAAAUAAAAUGAGCCACUGGAACUGGCCUUAUUAAUCUGAUACGGACUGUAUUGCGCUGUCUGUGUGAUUAACGUACAGCAAAGCUCAUUCCAAAUGAUUUAUUGAGUGCUGUCUCCUCGCCCGCCGUUUUUCAACCCCCCAAUGAUCAUUUCCAUUCAGUGGCGCACAUUGAGUAUACGCCCCGUGUGACCGCAGCACAGCAACAAUUGCAUAUUGUACUUAAUAUGAUGAAUAUAUGUAUGUAUGUGGAUGUUGGGCGAAAAUUAUGUACAUAAUGAGGGCGGUCGAGUUGAGUUGAGUGGCGGGGCAUAAAGUCGUAGUCAUUGUUGAGCCUGGCCAAGUGGCACAAAUGGAAGCAGUCACUCAGUCAAGGAGAAGUACGGCAAUAAUGAAAAUAAAACAACAAACAAUGAGGAGCAAUAACACAACAACAAAAAAAAACACAAAAACAAAAAACGAGAAUGAGAAUGAGAGAAAAAAACA